AUGUCUGCCAACCCUCUUCCUACACCACCUAAGAAGACCACCACCCUACGAACAAACCCCCUUUCCCGCCGAGAAUAUAGCUCUUCCUCCUCCUCCUCUUCUCCCAUCGAAGGCACAAUCGGGCAAGGCGCUGCCGGAAUUCCUGCCGACAAAAUCGCCUUAACAGCACCGUCCCACCUAGACGCAGCCGAGAAAGACAUCUUCGACGUUCUGAACAGGGAAUUAGAACCAGAUAAACUAGAGGUUAAGGAUGUGUCGGGCGGGUGUGGCAGUAUGUAUGCGAUUGAGGUUACGAGUGAGAGGUUUAGAGGGUUGGGGAUGCUGAAGCAGCAGAGGUUGGUUAAUGGUGUGUUGGGGGAGAGGGUGAAGGGGUGGCAUGGGGUGCAGAUGAAGACUGGUGUUCCUUAG